AUGUGCCUUCUUCCACCGCUACCUCAGGAACCACGACCUGUUCGCUGUUUUGACGUGGAGCGUAGGAAGAAGCUGUUGGCAUUGGCCGACACCCUGUUGAACACAGAUGCGACAGAGAGCACAGGUCGCACUGUUCGCUACCUUUGCAAGUUGGCAGCUGCCCACGCGGAGCCAGCUCCGCUACCAAGGCUCACAUGGCUUCUAAACAGAACCGUGGAUGAGUACGAUGCAUUGAUCAGUUUUGAUGCGUCUUCGAUCAGGCAUAUGCAGCACAUUGCUGAUACUCCUGAUCUCUUUGAGCGUGAUCCCCAAGUGACUGCUCACGGUGCUUUGUUGGAGGCUGAGGGUGCAACCAUGGUUCAAUACAGGAAGCCUCUCCAGACCAAGCAGCUCACCAUCAAGGAAGCCAUCAAGCUGCUAUCUCACGGUGGACAGAAGCCACCUGCAAGGGUGAUCAAGCCGUCCCUGAAGAAGUCAGCUGCCAAGAAGCAGAUUAGAAGGAAAUGCUGGCCAAAGACUAACACCACCAUCGCCGGCGAGGACCAUCCUUUAGGACCAGCCAGUGUACCAGCUUCCUUUGACUGGGCCAGGCAGUUUCUUUUGAGGCUGUUUCGGGUAUUUGGCAAACGUGCAGUGCUUGCUAAACUCGCCACAUGGAAGUGGCAAGCUGCAACUGUGUUCAGUGGUGUGGGCUGCGCAGAAAGUGCCUUGCUGAGCAUCGAGCACAUGGUCGACAAGGAGAAUCGCCUACAAGGUACUCCCUUGCGUGGCCGUCAUGUGAACAUGAUGUUCCAGGUUGAAUGGGAGCCAGCAUGCCAAAAGGUGCUUGCCAGUACAUACAAAGUCUGUUGCUUUUCAGAUGUGAUGGAGUUCCAGAGGGAUUCCACGUUUCUCUACUGUACCACUCACAAGAAGAUGUGCAAGUGCAAGAUGUCAAUCAUUCCAAAACGACCACGAGUUAUCUUGGCUGGCCCGCCUUGCACCUCAUACAGCAACAUGGGCAAAGGCCUCAAGAAGGAUGACCCUGUCUUCAAGUGCCACGAGAAGUUUUACUCCGUGGCCGAAGACGCUGACAUACUGUUGUUGGAAAACGUCCCCGAGUACCCCAUUGAGGAUAUGGUUCGGGAUGAGUUGGGCGCAGAGUGGACUGCUGUUUCCGCGAAGGUUGACCCACGACACUUUGGUUUGGGGUGCGCUCGUCCAAGGAUCUAUGGGAUUGCUUGGCGUCAUGCCCUUUUCCGAUGGAAUUCGCAGUACCCAUUGGAAUCCAUUUUGGAUGCCCUCAAAGCCAGGCCGCGAAUGACAGCCAAUGAUUAUUACUUCCUGGACUGUCCACCUUCAAGGCUGACUGAUUCUGAAGAUCGCAACCUGCAGGACUAUUUGAACCCGCAGCUUUUCAAGGAGGACACCUCGUGUGUGGACCUGACUCAACUGGUUCGCACAGGGCGAGGAAGAGGGAGCACAGCUGAUGGCCACUUGCCCACUCUGACCACAAAUACUGGAAAGUUGUAUUCCAAGGACCACAAGCGCUUCCUGACAGUGGAGGAACAAAUGAAUUCCCAUGGACUCCCUACUUCUUUGGAGCAAGCCCGCGCUUCAGGAAGCCCAAAGCUUGAUCUCCAGGGCAUUUGUCAGACUAGUGCUGUCAAAAUGGCCGGAAACUGUAUGAACCUGAGUUGUGUUGGCAGCUUCAUUUUGGCUGCUGCCCUUGGGCUAGAACAGGUGUGA